UCUUCUCCUCGCCUGCAACUGGCUUGGUGAAGUCUUCGGCAGUUGCGGCGGGAUUCUUGCCUCGUUCGGCCUGUAUAAGCCCGUUCACGAGUUCUCUGAAUUCAUCUUCAUGGAUCCAACCUCCCUUUUCAGUGUUUCUGUUGCUGGCAGACAUGGAAACAAGUACAUCUGAUGGGAAAGGGCUGCUUGAAGGAUCGGCAAGGCCCAUGCGUAGCUUUCGACGCCGUGUCUCGUCUUUCCAGAGACCAGCCAUAGAGGGUACGUACUUUUUGUCGGGCCUUAAUUCAUACGAGGUUUCAUUGAAGCUAUGAUGCAUAGGCCGAUAAUGCAGCUCAUGGCGAUUGAGGAUGUCUUGAACACAGACGUCUAUUUCCAGGGUGCAAUGGCUUUGGCGCGGAUACAGGUCUUGAUCUGCCAUACAAUUCUCGGGUAUGCUGCCAUCGUGCCAUUUGUGGAUGGAAAAGUUUAUUUCUUCCUUAUCAGGUACGGGCCCCCGGAACUUGACUUUAGCACAGUCAACGUAGGCACACCCGUAUAAGUUGUAGUCACACAUCCACUGAAGCAAGUAUUGCAGGUGGCUUUCGUAGGGCUGGAAGACUUGACUUAGAAUAGCGCCUUGAUGCAAGAGGUCAGUGAAGCGGGUCAUAUGCAGCGGAUUGAGCAGAUAUAUCUUCAAAAAGAAUCUAUAUCCAACAUGAUAACCGUAGUACGGAACACCCUUGAUUAACGAUAUGUGCCCCACGUAUACGGAUUUGCCAUCGUAGGGGUUACGACGAUACGUAGAAGCUAGAGCAUGGUCUAUAGAAGCGCGAAGACUAGCGAUGUAUGCUUUCACUGCGAGAGACUUCCAUUGUACUCGAUGUAGAGGUACGGGAAUGCUCCAUGAAUAUGGGCACACACUUUUUGGCCGGUUUCAGUGGCGCCAAAGAUCCGAAUGAUGGGGACUUGAGGAACAUGCUCGCGUCGCGAAUCAUUGACUCGCCGCCGGAGAACGGGAUCGAGGUCUGUUGGGUUUGCCUGGUAGUGGUCGAUACAGUUCAGACGGAAACGGAACGUAUUCAUGGGGAACAGCCGUUGGUAUAUGUGAAUUCAAACCAACGUCGCUCGAAGACAUUCACCCUCACCAUGCCGCCCGCUCAACCACGAAAGCCCGACGUGUCCGCCGCCUCUAAAGAACGCAAUGAAUACAUCCCGUCGUUUAUCUCGAAGAAGCCUUUCUAUGCUGUCGACGAGAGCGGGGAGGACCACGACUACCUUGAGCAUCAACGUCUGCAGAAGCAGGAACAGGAUUCGAAAUGGUACGAUCGAGGGAGGAAGCUUGGGCCUGCCGCGACCAAAUUCCGCAAGGGCGCAUGCGAAAAUUGCGGAGCCAUGACCCACAAGAAAAAGGACUGUUUGAGCAGACCGCGGAAGCAAGGCGCAAAGAUCACGGGGAAAAACAUCGAGGCAGAUGAAGUGGUCCAAGAGAUGCAGUUGGGAUGGGAUGCAAAGCGUGACCGGUGGAACGGCUACGAUGCUGCCGACUUCAAUGAGCGUGUUGAGGAAUACAAUGAACUGGAGGAACUACGAAGGAAAGCCAAGGCGGCGGAAAAGGCCGCCAAUGACUCGGACGAAGAAGGCGACGAUGGAGAUAAAUACGAUGCUGAGACGGAUAUGGGGAGAAAACAAGCCACAUCAACUCGGAAUCUACGACUGAGAGAGGACACGGCGAAAUAUCUGCUCAACCUGGAUCUGGACUCGGCCAAAUACGAUCCGAAGACACGCUCAAUGGUGGAUAGUGGUGCAACGGCAGAUAAUGCAGCCGCACUAGUCGCGGAGGAAGGCUUCAUGAAAGCAUCAGGCGAUGCUGCUGAGUUUGAUCGAGCGCAGCGCUAUGCCUGGGAGACACAAGAGCGUGGCGACAAGAACAAAUUGCAUCUACAAGCGAAUCCUACAUCUGGCGAAGUCACGCGAAAGAAGGAAUUGAAGGAGGCUGAAGAGCGCAAGGCAGCACAGAAGAAAGCGCUUCUCGAUAAAUAUGGAGGCCAAGAAAAGUUCAACGACGACACGCUACAAAAAACGGCCGUGACGGAAUCGGAGAGAUAUGUUGAAUACGAUGAACGAGGCAGGAUCAAGGGCGCCCCCCAAGUCAAGGCCAAGUCAAAAUACCCAGAGGAUGUUCUGAUCAACAACCACAAAUCCGUGUGGGGUAGCUGGUGGGCAGAUUUCAAGUGGGGAUACGCAUGCUGUCACUCGACGGUCAAGAACUCGUACUGCACAGGUGAAGCGGGUAGGGAAGCGUUUGAGAUGGCAGAGCGAAAGCGGACGGGUGCCGACAUAGUGGAGGUGCCGAAAGCUGUAGCGUGGAAGGAAGAGGAGGCGCUGCAGAAACACGUACCCAACGCCGUGGAGCCCAGCAGCAAAAGCGCCGAAGAUGCUAGGCGUAAGCGUACGCUGGAAGAAAUGACGAACGGUGUAACGGAUGAAGACAUGGAAGCCUACAGGCGGAAGCGGCAAAUGUCCAACGAUCCCAUGGCGCAAUACCUGGACCAAAAGACGGCAUAG